AUGGAAAAAUCACCCUCUGCCCUGCCUUUUCGGCAGGUUGUUGUCAUUGGGUGCGGAUUUGGCGGUCUGGUAAUGGCCUGCCAGUUGAAGCGCAAACUCCAGUUUAACGACUUCGUCAUGUAUGAAAGGAACGCUGGCCUGGGGGGGACAUGGCAUCAUAAUCGAUAUCCGGGAGCGUCAGCAGAUGUAUUUGGGGCGGCGUAUCAGAUCUCAUUCGCGCCAGAGCCAAAGUUCACGCGUGCAUUCCCCAUUUGGAAUGAGCUGCACGACUAUAUGGAGAAGGUCGCUGAUCGAUACAAUAUUGGUCCCCAUAUGAAGUUUGGUAUCAGCUGGGAAAGAAGUGUAUGGAUGCCAGAAAUAAGAUGCUGGCGAGUUGUCUUGCGCGAUUGCGCCACGGGCGAUAUCUUUACUCAAAUGUGCAAGGUACUCAUCAGCGCGACAGGCCAUCUAGUCGACCCUAAGCAGCUUGACGUACAAGGAAGGGACACCUUUAAAGGGAAGAUUGUACAUUCAAGUCUGUGGACUAGCGACAUCGACGUCAAGGGGAAGAGCGUGGUGGUUUUAGGAAACGGGAGCACUGCUGUCCAGUUAGUUCCUAGUAUUCUGGAAGAUGUAAAAGAGUGUACACAGAUACAACGAGCGCCGCAAUGGAUAUUACAUCGACCGAACCCAGCAUUACCAGCAGCAAUGUUGACUCUGCUGACCUAUGUGCCUUUUCUAUUCACAGUACUUCGUACUACACUCUUUGCGAUCACAGAAGCCUUCUUUCAUGUUGUUGGGAAUAAAAUCCCACAGAUUAGCAAGAACCAUCUGAGAAAGUUUGAAGUACCUGAAGAGUACUAUCACCUCCUCACACCUUCGUAUCGGCCAGGGUGCAAGCGACUUGUCUUCGCUUCAGACUACCUUGAGUGUCUCAAAAAUCCCAAACUACACUUGGUCCAAGAUGAGAUUGCAUCUCUUCGCGAGAAAUCAGUCAUUACCAGGUCGGGAAAAGAGUAUUCUUGCGAUAUGCUAAUUCUUGCGCAUGGCUUUGAGUCGGAGACUUUUAAACUUCCACUCACAGGACGUAACGGUGUUACACCCGAAAAGCACUGGGCCGUUGCUGGUGGCCCUAGCUGUUACAAAGGCAUUGCGAUGCACGACUUUCCGAAUUUUUUCACUAUUCGGGGUCCGAAUAUGGCAUCUGGUCACAACUCAGUGAUUUGGUACAUCGAAGCUACCGUCGAGCUGAUUUUGAAUGUUAUAACACCUCUUAUCCAGGGAAAGGUAAAUCAAGUCGAGGUGACGGCUGAAGCAGAGAGCGAAUAUGUGAACAAGGUGCAAGAGGCUUGUCGUAAAGGUGUUUGGGGUUCGGCUUGCAAUACUUACUACGUAACCAAAAACGGAUGGAACCAUACGAUGUACCCAUGGAAUAGUUACAGUUUAUGGUGGUUUAGAUUUGUGAAUAAGAAGGAUUGGACAAUGAUUGUUUGAGGAGCCCUAAAGUUGCGACUGCGCAUAGGCAUAGAACACCAUUUUGGUACACCAACAUAUCCAAGCAUGGAACGUUUCUUGAGAUGCUCAGCAAAUAACAGGAACUCCUUUACGUAGACAAAAAGUAUGAUUUGCUAGAAAUAACG